GCCAUCCGUCUGCUGCUUUGACUACGGCCGGUCGCCGGAAUCUACGCCCCGGUCUCAAGCGCUCGCAUCUAUUACGUACUAUUUCGUUUGAACAUUUCAAAGCUUUUUCAACUGGAAUUUGUAUUAUUUCGAUGCAGCAAGACUCAAUAAUAUAUGUUUUACAAGUUUCUAGUGUAAAAUGGUGGCGGUUUUGUGAUAAGAAGGAGAUAUUUUCAUAUUUUUGCACGGCUGUGCGAGCGGCGACGGGGCGGAGACGCCGCGAUAGAGCGUCGUGCGUUCGUCCGGGCCGUCGCGACGGCUGGGCCCAUUCGGCAGACAUGUUUCGAUCGCGGUUGGAUCGCGUCGCGUGUGCUGGAGCGUAGGCUCUCUCGUGACAUGCGCCCCUCGAGGUCUACCGACGGUGGGGGUGACCGAACAUGGAUGUAGUGACGCCUCACAUCACCUCCGUGCUGAAAACGUACCAGGCGAGCGCGCCGCGCAGCCUGCAAGGGCCGGGCUGCGGGCGAGCGGAGCCAUGUAGCGAGGCGCCGCCGCCGCCGCCGCUGCCCGCCGCGCCGCCGAUCUUGCUCGCGGCGGACCCGGUGCUCGGUGAGCGCGGCGAGACGCUGCUGGAGGGCGAGCCGAUCUCGUGCUUCAGCGUGGGCGGCGAGCGGCGGCUGUGCCUGCCGCAGAUCUUGACGUCGGUGCUCACCGACUUCAGCCUGGAGCAGAUCAACCGCGUGUGCGAUGAGCUGCAGAUAUACUGUUCCCGGUGCACGCCGGAGCAGCUGCACGAACUGAAGUCGACGGGCGUGCUGCCGCGCACGGCGCCGUCGUGCGGCCUCAUCACGCACACGGACGCGGAGCGGCUGUGCGCGGCGCUGCUGCACGCUCCAGCCGCCUCCAGCCCGCACAAGCUGCCCGGCUUUCGCGUGUACCACGAGUGUUUCGGGGGUGGUCGCGGUGUGUGCGCGCCGGAUCUGAACCUAGUGCAGUGUUUGGAGUGUCGCUCGUUGUACAGCCCGCGGCGGUUCGUGUGCCACUCGCACGAGUCCGAGCACCGCACGUGCCACUGGGGCUUCGACUCGGCGCGGUGGCGCCGCUUCCUACUGGUGGCCGACGAGGAGCUUGACAAGGAAAAGUGCGAGGCGGUGUUGGACGAGCUCGCGGCCAAGGAAACGCCUGCACCGCCGCCGCCACUGCCGCCGCCGCCUAAGCAACACUUGCCCUUGAAAAGGAAACAGGUGGUGGAGACGGUGGUGUGCAAACCGGAGCCGCCAGAAUCACCUCCAAAGAAAGCGCGAGGCGAGGACUACAGCUACGCGCUGUAUCUUGACAAUUACGCGCAGCUUCAGUACCAAGCGUUGUCCGCCUUCCGGCCGUGGGGUAAACGGGAGCCGGUACUCCAAAACCCUGAGAGGGUCGUCCGGGUAGCGCACUGCACGAGGUUCCAGCGGGAUAUCCAACCGAAUGUUGCGCUCAAACCGCUCACGCCGCCCGUCGAUGACGUCACCUCGUCCACUUCUCCUCCACCCAGCGAGCCUGAGCUGACUGCUCGCCUGCUGGACGCAGAGGCGAGGUUGGCGGAACGAGCGCGGCUGCUCGACGAGCGGGAGGCGGAGUUGGCUCGCCGCGAGGCCAGGUUGAACGAACGAGAGGCGGAGCUGACGAGGCGCGAGCGGGAAACAGAGAAAUCGACACCCGAACGGAACUCCUCGCCCCCGAAGCAAGAGGAGACGGAUCCGCCAUGUUGACCAACGCGUGUGAUCGUGAGGGUGUUCAAGUGACUCGCUUCGAACGCUAGUGACUAGACUAUGCGUGCCCAGAGUACAAAACGUUAAGGUGCUGAACGUAUAACGUUACACGAGAAACAAGUCGUUCGGAAACGCGCCGCCGUGUAAAUAGAUUUUUCAAUAUUUUUCCAUUCUCAAUAUUUUGGGAUAUUUGUUGACCUUUGAAUCCGUAAUGUCUAAUGGGAAUUCUAAUAUUUAUGAUACCCGCUCGUAUCGUGGAUUAAUGAAUGUAAUUAUGGAAGAGAGCCGCAGCGAAACUCUUUCGCUUUACAUUGCAUUUAUUCAAUUGUGUAUCGGUUUUACCGCUAAACAUACUCGUAGUGUUGUAGCAGCAGGAUGCAGAAUAUAAUUGUACAUAAUCAUAUCAAGUACAGUUUUACGAUAUUUUGUACAUUAUACAGGUUUCUCGUAGUCUCUUCAUUGUGUGCCAUUCUUUAGGUGCCUCUGUUACCUUUACAUACAACCUCAGUCUGCUUUUUCAAUAAUAUUAACAAAAUACUCACCCCCUAAUAUAGUAAAAUAGAUAUAUAAUAAACAUAUAAACCAUAUGCAUAAUUUAUACAGGGUUAUUUUUAGGUUCUGUUUGCAAUAGAUAUUAGUGUUUAUACAUAAGUCUUGUUUAAGUACUCCAUACGUGUAUUUUUUAUUCAUUUCCCUUUUGUUUUUAACGAAGUACAUCCAAGUUUAUGUUUUGUUUAUUUGUAAAAUAAUAACUCUGUAUAAAAACCUCAGCAAUACCAAAUAAUAAAGGAAUAAUAGUUUCAUGCAAUAACUAGUUCAUCAUACCCCUUAACUCGACUUUAGUCAACUGAUAUAAACGACACUUGAUAGAGGCACGUGAUUUAAGUUUUGUUUAUCUAAAACUUUCAAUAAUUUGAUGUGUCUAUGAUUAGGUGCAACUGGCCGUUUACAAGGGGAGUUAUGAUCAUAGACAAUUUUGAGGGAACAAUACCCUUGGCUAUUAAUUUAGGUAUUCUAAACAACGCACUCCUACUGUUCGCGGAAAACAACUUGAACAAAACCACAGUCAUUAAAACUUGCGCAGUAGACGCUUUUUUAUGUAACAUUUUUACUGCGCAAGUCACGUAGUUUAAAAGUCAUGCUCAAGUUAUUUGCCGGUACCUAUAGCAGGUGUUUAGAAAAAAAAAUGUUUUAUCGAAACUUUAUUAUACUGUGUGUUAGUCCAGGCCGUCAAAUUAAAAAUAAGGGGUUUAUCCCGUAUUCUACCUCAUUGUAUAUAAAAAGAAAAAUAUUUGGCUAAAGUAAUAAGUGUUAAGUACCUAAGCUGAUUUUAAUUGUUUAGACAAUCAAAUUUGAUUUGAAACAUGUAUUCUGGAGCAAUAAUUAAAAAAAAAAAUGUGAAAUAUGUCACUGCCUGCACUUUGUUAUCAAUCUGUUAAUUUAUUGUAACUUUGUAUUUAAAUGAAAAAAAAAAACUAAUUAUGAGUGAUGUAUCUAUUGAUAUUUUUAAUCUAUAUCGCUCAAUGUUAAAAUUUUACACCUAAAUAAAAAUCAUCUUCUCCUCAACGGCAAUCGGUCGAUGUUUUUACGACCAUUUCUGCUAACGACAUGUUAUAAGAGGCUCGUUCUGAAGAUGAAAAUUAUAUCCAAACGAUUGGUCAAAUUUUGGACUUUUUGGAGUAAAAAAAAAAGGACCAGUGCAACACUAAUAUGAUACAAAUAAAAAAAAAAAGAAGAAAAAAUACAUCAUAAAGAUAGAAAGAUAUCAGAAAAUUAAUUCGAUUUACAUACCCACUGAUGUACGUGCUCCUCUCCUAUUUCACUGACCAAUGUUGACUUGAGUGUUACAAAUUUAACAUAUGAUUGUCAUUGUCUAAAAAUCAUUUUUUAAUCUUUUAAUGAUUUAUAAAAGUGUUAAUUUCUUCAUUGGUGGUUAUACUACAUAUUAUUAUUAUAAUCACGGGCUUUGUCUCGCUUCAAUUAGGAAACUGGUUAUAUAAAUAUAUUAGAAUAUUAAAUUCCAAUAAGGCGACUGAGAUCAAGUGGAUUAGUGACAAAAUUCAAGAUGUCUGCAUAAUCUAUCAAAAAUGCAUUUCGGGCCAAUGCUCUACCUAGUUUACAAACCAUAAACAAAUACGUAAUCACAAAGGCAACAAAAUUAAUGUUUAAUAAAAGAAAUUGUAUAGAAAAACGCGAAAAGAAGGUCAAGGGUCCGUCCAUCUCUUUUUAAAUACCUAAAAACGUCAGCUAUAAUUAAUGACUCAUUAACACCUGGAAGACCGAGAUUUGUUGCAGCGAUUCUUAUACAAAAAUGUAUAAAUAAGUACUUAUUAUUUUCAUGUAACUUCAUUUGUUUGGAAGUUGUAAUUCCAAGAUAAAAUUCUAAAAAAAAAAAAGUGAUUUUAUCGUCUAUGUUAGCAAUUUUUGUAUGAUUACAGAGUAACGGAAAGCUGUGGUCUAGUAAACGAUCAUUAGAAAAUUGUUGACAUGGUUCACUUAUUAUGUCUUCAUAUACAAACAUUGCUCUUUAGAGUAGGAUGAAAAACAUAUUGAAAAGUAUAAAUCGUGUACAGUACUUAGAAAGAGAUUCCUGACAGCCUUCCGAUGAUUUUAGCUGAGAUAAUAUAGGUAGCGCACUUUUUACAAAUGCUGGCAACACCACUAAUUUUGUAGAUGGGUUACGCCUCAUUUAUUAUGUGCCAGUGACUGUGCAUUUCUAUUAAGAUGCCUUCGGCGUGAUCCUGUGUGAUGGAAUUUUGGUAAUAAAUUAUAAAUAAAACUGUCGAUGCCGUACGUAGUUCGGCUUUGGUGAAAUUGUCACAAUUUAACAAGUAUACCCAUUGAAGAAUUUGACAUAUUUUUCAGUGUUGCUAUAAUAUACACCAAAAGAUAUCUCAGAUUAUAACGUUACAACGGAAUGGAAUCUUCAUUAGAUUGUGUCAGUUUCUUAUUUUAAAAGCGUUAAUUGGUGUUAACACCAAAUAGGAUUUGUAAAUUAUUGGAACACCACAAGAACUGUUGUUGGACUGUUAUAAGGCAACUAUGAUUGUAAAUACCCGGACAAACCCGGGGGCUUGGGCGUUGUUUGACGCGAUACAAUUGUGAAAGUACGUGGAAUAAAAUUUCACUAUUGAAAGUGACUAUUAAAAUCUUUGGCAAAGCUCAAAUUGUAGAGAAAUAUGAUUUUCUAUUGUCAACGUUAUUAUUUCUUUCUCAAAGAGUGCUAUGUUACGUUGUAGGUAGGUAGGUAGGUAGUUGUUAUAAAACAAGAUUUCAGUUCUAGGUUAGACAUCUCUAGUCAGAGACUUUUUGAAAAAAAUAAAUUACCAUUUACUUAUUAAUAAUAUAUUAUUCAUAUAGGUACCUACCGUACACGAGGAUUUAAUGAGAGUAACUUAUUGUUUAAUAUUAAAUUUGUAGAGUAGGUACAUUAGAAAUGGACUGUAUGUCAUGAUAUAUAUACGAUUUUAAGUUAUAUAUAUAUAUUAUUAUUAUUAUAAAUAUAAAUGUAUAAAACUGAAACUUUUCUGUCAGUACUUUUGUUGAAUACGUAUUUUGGUGCUAUGAUAUUUUGGCUUGGCUAAUGUAGUGUUUAAUUGUACAUACAAUACAUUUUUUAUUACUUAUUUAUUGGCAAUUGUACCGGAUUUAUCUUUCGUUGUUAGAAAACUUAUUGUUUCCGAGUCCAAUGUUGUGUAUAAUUAUUUUGGUUUGCAAACGAUAACGGUGGCUUAGCCAUCUUGAACCUAAAUCGCUUUAAUUAAUUAGCGUAAGUUGUAAUUAAUUAUCUAUAUUUAUAUAUUUAUGUAUCGAUGGAAAAGUUUCAAAAGACUUACACCUCUCACUGUCUUAUUGGUUAUAAUAAUCAAUGGUGCUAAAUAAAUACAUGAUAAAUGACAAGUGGCUUUCUUUUCUAAAACUUCAAUAACAUACUCAAUAGGUUGUACUUUUUAUAAAAAAAUAUAUCUAUUGAGCUUAGCCUGUCACAGCCAUAGACAGUGAGGGCAGUGUAAUAUUGUUUGUUUUAUAAUAUGGUGCGAUUAUACCAGGCUGUAAAAUUUUUAAUACUUACAUGGAAAACACGCAAUGAAACUUCUGUCUUUGUUUAUUUACUUAUUUAAAAUACGCUGAACUUUUUAAUCUGUAUUGAACAGAUUUAAUUAUUCAAUGACGCUACUUAAAAUACAUUUUUUUUUUAUUAGUUUUGGUCAGAAAUAACCUAUAUUAUAAUUUACAAUAAUAUGUUUUAAUUUAUAGAUGUCAGCACUAGGUCCAAAUAUACCAAUGUAAUAUUUGAGAUUAGAUUCAUAAUUUUAUAACGAAACUUAUUGAAAAUUUAAUCGAAACUCUUAUAAAUCAAUGCUAUACUGUUACAGGAGAACUGUUUGCAAAGAGAUUCUCAUAAUAUUAUAUAAAUUAACAUAAUUGUAAGUUACCUACCAGUGCUGCCCUCUUUUACAAAGUAAUAGAAAUGAAUGAGGCAUGUUUUAUUGCGUGAUUGGUGAUUUGCCAGGGUGUAACAUACUCCUGUGAUCUCAAUGUAUGAUUGUUAAUUAAAUACAUCCCUUUAUAAACGAUGUUGUGAUGGUCGCAAAUUCUAGAUUUCUAACUCGUCGGAAAUGGUAUCCGCCAUAUCAUGAUAUCCAGGGACACCGUUUUCGACGACACCACGAAAGCUUACUGCCACGUCUGAGAGAGUGUUUAGUCCUGUGAUGGUUUUGUGAUAUAUAUAUAUAUUUUUUUUUAAACCAGGCACAGUUAAAUACAAUAGAGUGACAUUAACAUACGUCUGUUAUGUGUAGACACUGUGUCGAAUAUUUAGAAUGGAUGUACAGUAAAAUUAAAGAUUUCUUUGUUUGUAUUAUUUGUUACAAUGCAUAGAUGAAAAGGUAUUAUUGUAAUGUGAUAGGAAAUAUUAUUUCGCUUUUUAGAUACUAAGUCUGAUUAUGUCUAGGAAGACUUAAAAUAUGUAACAAUGCUGAUAAAAGCCAUAGAAUAGAAUAUUUUUUUACAGAAAAAGCUGACUUUAAUUUGAAUAAACUUAGUACGGGAUAUUGGGACUAUCCUGAAUGUCAACCCUUUUAAAAAAUACCUCACAAAUUAGUAAAGAUAUCUCGAAGAAAUCGGUCCAUGUAUGUAUAUUUAAAAAAAAAGUUCACUAAGUUUGCGGCAAACAAUUUGAACAAAACCAUAGACAAUGAAGUUUGCACAGCAAGCGCUUCCAUACGUGAAAUUGUUACUGCGCAAGUCAAGUAUGUAUUAGAAUCGUGAUCAGAUUAUUUGUCGGUCUAAAUAAGAAUGUUGUAAUGUUUAGUGCCAAUCGUAACAGCGUCGAAGAUGGACUGUAUGGCAAUGGCAGUAAGAUUUGAAUGAAACAGAAUUUGCUAUUUAAAACUUGACUAGAAAUACAAAAGCGGACAUUGUCUAUUCAAAGUUAAGGUUUAAUGGAUUGUUUUCUGGUCAGGUUUUUGUUCAAUUUUAUCAUUAAACUGUCGUGGAAUCUUGAUGAUUUCGUAAAUAUAACAUUGAAACACUGAAGUGUUACUAUGUAUCAUUAUUAUAAAGACUAGAUAUACCGGUGUUUUAAGUAAACUAGCUUCUUACAAGAUGAUAGGUAUUUAAAAUUUUCAAUUUAAAACUCUUUAAAAAUAUUUAAAAAAUUUGUUGCAAAUUUAGGUGAACGCAGUUACGUGAAUUUGUCCAUGAAUAAUUUUCGAAUUUUGUUUUUUAGCAGCGGUUCCCAAUCUUUUCUGGGCCCUUUAGAAAAAAUAACAUUCAAUGCUCCCUAGUCCGUGAUAGUUGUAUGAAAUAUUAUUGCGUACUGUCUGUAGCUACCGGCGGAAUCGUUUCUUUUGUAAUAUUGAGGUUUAAGGCAAUAAUAUAGUUUUGCCGUUACAUACAUUUUCGUUUUUAUUAGUACUCAAUAGAGUGAGCAUUUUAUCGUGAUUCACUACAGGGUUUGUAGAUGUCAUUUUCCUAGAAUGUGCUUUUAUACCUCACUAUUAAGGUUGUAGCAAACAAUUUGAACAAAAUUAUAGAAAAUGAGACUUGCGUAAUAGAUUGCUCGCUAUUCUGUCUGCGCAAGCCGCUUUAUGUUAAAAUCUGUUCAAGUUAUUUGCCGGUAUCUAAAAAAGUUGAUCUUUUUCAUAUUUAUCAAGUAUAAAAUGAGAAAAUAUUAUACAGAUAAUUUGUGUUAUAAACUUACGUCUACAAGAUUCAACAGUUCCACUGUUGUGAAAUUUUAUUAUAGAAAUAUUCAAAUAUCCAAUGAUUAAAGUGUACUGAAGAUAUCGCAGUGGACAGAAUUUAUUUUGCAAAUUUUAAUAAUAUUUCUAUAUUAAAUUGCAAUAAUAUAGUAAAUUACCUGGUGUCUAAUCAUAAAUAUAAAUGUUUGCCAUAAAAAAAAAUUAAGAUACAUUUCUCAUUUUAUAUUACACAAGUACAUAUGUUAUUUUCAAUACUUUUGUAUAAUUUGUAUCGUGAGCUCCAAUGAGUACUAAUGCCAGUUUUAUUCUCUUUUAGUGUACACGUUUUUUGUUAUAUUUUACAUCAUUAAACUGAUUUACCCUCAUAAACAAAAUUUAAACAAAGAGAUAUAUUAAAUAACGGACUGUAUAUUUUAAAUGAGGUAAAAGGGAGAGAUUUUUAUAGAAAUUCGCAUACAUUUUUCUUUGUACAUUUAUUCUUUGUACAAUACUUAUAUUUAGGUGUAUAUUACACUAUAUCUUCGUUAAUUUUAAAUCAAUUUUGAUAAUUCUGUUUGCAAUCGUUACAGUUUAUAUCCCUAUUAGUCCCUUAUUAAUUUUUUCGCAAGAGAUUACUUUUUUGAGGAGUAAAAUCAGAUAUCAUAAAGUUCAAGCAUAGUUUAGUGAUGUAAAAUAUAAUCGUACUUGAAAUAUCUGCUCACUAGUGACGAUUACCGAUUGUAGGUAUACUGGAACCAUCAAUGGGCAUGAUAAAAUGCAUUUACUUUUUAAUAUACGUUACAAACAAGUUCAUUUAUAGAGAAGCUUAUACAAUUUUUUGCGAAGGUGGCGCCACAGUGCUAGAACAUAAACAACAGGAAUUUAAUUGGACAUCUAUUGAAGAGUCACUUGAAAACAAUUCUUAAUGGCGGGAAAAUUUAUUUUCCGUUUUUUUACUAAUUUAUUUUCUGGCCUAUCACUACGAACUGAAGGAGAGAUGAAAUUUGUUUCCGUUAUGACACAGUGACGCCUCCAUCGGAAUAAAUCGGCAGUAAGUUUCUUUAUUCGCGCUAAAGAAACAAAAGCAUAGACAAUGGUGCUUGCGCAGUGUACGUUUUUGUAUGUGAAAUUGUUACUGCGCAAAUUGUGAAUUAAAAAUAUGUCAGUAUACAUACAAUUCCUUACAAUAUGUAAUGUUUGGUUAAAUCUUGCCCAAGUCACUGUAUGCCUGAAGGCAUUACCAAUGUUAUGUUCAGAAAGAGAUCGUAUUUUGAUUUAUUGCAGCUAAAAUACCAGCUUGAUUAUGAAUUGUGUGUGUUUAUAUCAGAAACUAUAUUGUGUUGCUAUGUGAAACAACUCUAAUCCAACGUAACAUUCCUUUUUGAAUAUGUUCAUUGGAUUAAUAAAUACUGAACAGUGACAAAAAACAGAUUGUAUGAUAUUGUACCUGAUAGAUUAGAGUUAUAAGAUUAAAAUAAAUGUUCUGUUAUGCACACACAUGUCCGUAACAUGUGGUUUCGAAGUGUGGUUUUACUUGAAUAUAAUUAUAAAGCUUAUAAGUACCUUGUGGAGCAAUAAAAUGAAAUGAUUUCCAAA